AUGGUCAGGGGGGCGUUGCUACUACUCUCGCUGUUCCUCCUCGGUGCCUUCGAUGCUCCCGGCAUUGAAAGAGCUCGUGUCAGAUACCUGGUGAUGGCCGGUAACACCUGUAACGCUUGCAGAAUGCACGAAGAGAUACGUGCGCUCAGCCUCGAAGCGAUCAAAGAACAGAUAUUGAACAAGCUUGGCUUGAAACAAGCGCCGAACAUGACGGGUAGAGCAUUGCCGAGGAUCCCGCCGAUUUCGAAGCUGAUGGAAAUGUACGAGAUGCAGGCGGAUCAACCUCAACCCCUCGAGCCCGGUAUCACCCACCACGAGGAGAUCGACGAAUACGCUGCCAAGACGGAGAGUGUUUUCGCUCUGGCGCAACCUCAUCAGAGGCUAAGGCACUCGAAGGGCAGCCUGGACGUUCUUUAUUUCAAGUUCUCCGACAAAGUGGUGCAGCAUCGGGUGACGAGGGCCGAGUUGUCGCUGUGGAUAUGGGGAGUGGAGGAGCAGGACGUUUCGGAGAUGGACGAGCCGACCGACUCGGACAGCGGGGAGGGUCGCGAGGACGAUGGUGGUCCUGUGACGAUCACCUUGCAAAGGAUUCUUCGCGGUGGUAGCGAAAACGGUGGAGCCACUUUGGGACCACCUUUGACCACCAAACACCCUCGACCGAUCGGUCGCAAGGGUAACUGGGUGACGAUCGAGCUGAGGAGAAUGGUCGCCGAAUGGUUCAAACACCCGCGCGACAAUCUAGGGGUGGCGCUCAAGAUAUCCGGCCCCGGUGGCAAUCACCGUAGGAACUCGAAAUUGGUCGAGACCAAUCCUGCCGCCGAAUACGCGCCUUACCUCGAAGUACAGACGCAAGAACUCGACUCGAGAAGGGGAGCCAGGAUCAAGAGAAACGUGGGACUUAAUUGCGACGAGGCAAGCCAAGAAACCAGGUGUUGCCGUUACAAGCUCACCGUGGAUUUCGAGAAGUUCGGCUGGGAUUGGAUAAUCGCGCCCAAGAAGUACGACGCCAAUUAUUGUUCGGGCGACUGUCCGAUGGCCUUUCUGCCAGCCUAUCCGAACACCCACAUCGUCAGCCUGGCGGAACCUCCUAAUAACUCCGGUCCGUGUUGCGCACCGAGGAAACUCUCCGAGAUCACGAUGCUGUACUUCGACAACGAGUACCAGAUCGUGUUCUCGCGUUUACCAGGCAUGGUCGUCGAGAGAUGCGGAUGCUCAUAGUCCAGCUUCUGGUACGAGAAGAGCAACGACGCCGAGGAAUAUGCCAAGGACAUACAAGCUUCUCUUCUCUAUUCUCCAUUAUUUUAUUUUCUCAACUUUACUAUACUUUUCUCAUCGCAUAUACACCGGUGUACACCCGUUUAUAAUUUCCGAGGGGAAAAGAAAGAAAGGUGUUGCUCUGCGACGUCGUUGCGCGAUCCUCGACGAUCCCUCUCGUUCGAUCGACUAAAAGUGCCUUGUUUCGGGUGUUCGCAGGUGUUUCAGUGCCGCGAGUUGGUUAGUUUACGCAUUUCGCUCAUUUACCGACGGGAAACGCCGACGAGAUAAAUGAAAAAGAAUGCAAUGGACAAUGAUACGGAAGUUUGGAUGAAAUACAUAAAAUAUGGACGGACAAACGUCCAUACUUCCGGCUAGUAAUAGUAGCAAGGCAUAUCGAAAGUCGUUUAUAGGUCCAUGGUAAGGCGGAUAGUUCCUAGAGUCACGGUAUUAUCAUUAAGAUUGUCGAUGCGUUUGCACCUGAUCUUAGAGAACGACCGCGGAAGAACCUAUUUUUUAUAUGGGAACCUAUCGCAUCGAGUUUCUCGGAUACCGUUUUUUGACAAUCGAUCUUUACCGAGUUAGAAUUUUUUACGAAUCGCGCAAAACUGAUGAAGCAAACGUUUUUUAUCGUAAUCUUCCCUUCGCACAUCGAUGCCUUCCCAAAACGCGAGAAUACGGAAUCACGAUUCGUUUUUGGUAGUCGUCGCUGAUCGGUGGAAACGUGUUGGCUACGAGAUCUCGGUGUACAGUGAAUCGUUAUUUCUUUUUCCUCUCCAACCCCCCAUGUGUUCCCCACUUUCCUCCAUCCAUUCUUAGCCGCUUUCCUUUUUCACUUCUUUCACAUUUUACCCCUCCGAUUCCCUGAUCCCCCAUACGCUCGCACUAGAUGCGCCUACUUUUCCCUCCUUUUCCCUUUCGUUUUUUUUUUUUUUCUAUUUUUUCUUUUUUAAGAAACCGUGUGAUUGCACGCAUAGGAAAAUGUGUACGAAGCUCUGUGUAAAUAACGUCGUGUCCAAGCUUUUCAGCCAAUCUUUCCGAAUCUUUCGCGAAAGAUUCGCGAGGGUUUCACUUAUACGGAUAAACGUGUAUCUUUAAGUAUCUAUACUUGUUGACGGCAAUCGGUAUACAGCAAUUAAUAUAGUAUGUAUCGCGAUCGACGAGCGUGUUACACGUAAUUCGCGAUUUAUCUUGUGCAUACUUUGUUAGACUGUCCACGUCGAUCGAACGCGUCAACGGUAAUUAAUUAUUUACGUGUGUACGACACAUUAUAUCGCGGCUAAUUUGUAACUUUCGACGCGAUCGAAAAGUACACUUUAGAAUUGACAAGGUUCGACGAUGUUUUAUCAAACCGCGUCGUUUUGCGAUUCGGUAAAUUAUGGUAGUGUCGUUGUGAUAUCUAGCUGCUUGGCUCUAAUGUACGCCGAUCGGAAGAACAUACCGCUGUUUAUUACUUACUUUCCUCCUUCCUUUUCACUCCGUAAACGUGUACGACAAUCUAUCGUAAUCCUUACGGAGACAAAAAUAAUUUCCUCUUAUUUUAUUAUUCAUUUCCACGAAAUUUCACAAUCAAUUUUCAACCUUGUAUUACCGACAAAAACGGUGGCGCAAAGAUACACGAUAUUUAUUGUUUCAACGUCCAACGGUAUCGUCUCUCUUUGUAAUUUCGUGAAAAAAAAAAAAUUGGUACAUUAAUUGUUCUAUCUAUCUUUUUCUAUCUUCUGUUCUCCGUUUGUUUGUUUUCUUUCUUUUUCAAUGUACCUAUAAUUAAAAAGAUAAGAAAAAAAAAAAAAAAUGAAAAAAAAAAUAAGUAACGGAAUUGUGUACUUCCAGUAUCCAGACAAGGGCGGCGAAUAUUGCAUACUUAUACACAGAUGUACACCACCACAUACGAACACAUACAAAACAUAUACAUACACACAAAUGUGUACUUCCUAGGUAGAAAGUAUUCAUAGGAUAUUUAUUCGCUGAAAUAAAUGGUUUUUUCGAUGAAAA